AGGGUCUGUUGUCAAACGGUAACGCAAAUCUGUGGUUAUGUCGCUUUGGACAGAAGUUAAGAAAGUUAAGUUUAAUGUAGAUACUUGACUGGAAACCUACUUUCGGAAGAUUUUUCUGUUAACUUUGUUGUGUGUUGUGACUUGUUCUGCCAAGAUUACUGAAUGAAAACUGAGGAAUUAAAGUUGAUUUGGAUAUGGCGAAGGAAAAUUCUACAAAGCUGUUAGAUAAAAAGGGAGUAAUUAAACAUCAACAAUUUAAAAAAUAUUUAUUAAAAAAAAUGAAAAUGAAAUGCCUAGAUAUUAAAUCAAGAAAAAAGAAGAAUCAAUGGACAAUCUCUCCAUCAAAAUUUAAUUUGAUUAAAACAACUGCAGUGCCUCUUUAUGUUUCUUCCAGUGACAGCAUGAGUACAACCAGAGAUUCACCAUCAUUUCAAAAUUCCAUAAAAACAAACUGUAAUGUAAUGAACAUUGGGAAAAAAUCUGAAAGUGCUACUAUCAAGAAAGAGAUUUUCCGAGCCCAAAGUGGUACAAAGUAUAAUGAUGGCGAUAAUGUAAAUAUAAAAUCAAACCUUUCUCAAAAUACGACAACGAAAACUACUAAAACGCAUAAUAGUCAUGUAAAAGCAGAUAUUUCUUGUGAUGUAAAAAUGGUAGACGAUUUGACUAAUUCACAUAGUAACCAAUUUUCAAAUUUUACACAACUGUCUGACACACAAUUUUUACAAAAGGAUUAUGUUGAAAAACAACUAAUUCCAAUAGAUCAUAAUGUUAAAAGAGAUAGACCUGAUUCUAGCAAAGAGAUUGAAAAUUAUCAUAGUGAACCAUUUUGUCACUCAAGCCCACACUUUAUUCAAACAUCUCAAGAUAGUUCUGAACGUAGCAUUGACAAUUUUAAAAAAUUUAAAACCAAAAAUUUAAAAAGGAGUCGAACAAAUAUAACAAUUAAUAUGAGUGAUCAUUUUAAGAAGAUAGACCGGAAAUCCUGCAUGGCAUGCAAUAACUAUUCACUGGAGAAAUCAAAAACCUCUUUUCACCAUACAUGUUCAAAGGAGUGUGAUGAAUCUCAGACCCCAAGGUCCCAAUCUGAAAAGUCGAUAUAUCCAAACAGUCCUACAUGUACGCCUAAGAAAAAAUGCCUAGAACAAAUUAAUGUAAUGGAUUCAGAACAUAUCAAAGAGCAAGAUAAAAAUAUUUUGAUAAAUGAAGCACCUCUAAAAAACUCAAAAUGUUUUCAAAGUCCUAUGGCUAUAAAGAAAGCAGUAGAAAAGAAUUUAUCCAAAAAAGUAAAAUCUCCAAAAAAACAUCAAUUCGCACAUGGUGGCAAGGAUAAACAGAUUCCUUCAAAAGACAACAAUAGCUGUCCUGUUGAAGUAUCACUAUGCCACCCAAUUGAAACAAAAAAUCUUGAAUUUUUUGAAGGAGAAACAAGAAUCCAACAUGAGAAACUCAGCUUUUCUAAAGAUGGAGAAGAAUUAUUGCAACCCGCUUCGGUUAAUCGAGUCGAUUGGGUUCGUUCACCCGAUGAAAAAAUAAUGGAACAUAAUCUUUUAGAUAAUACUCUGCCUUUUGAAGAUGAACUGUUAAACAUUUCAAACAGUGAAAAAAUUGAUGUAUUAAAAAAAGAAACUAAAAGACUUGGAAUUACGACUGACAAAAGCUGUUCAGAGAAAUCACAUGAAGAGAGCAAUGAAAAAUCAAGUUGUUCAGAAAGUACAGCCAUUGAAAAAUGUUUGUCAUUUACUUACAGCAGUAUUCAUGCAGCAACACCACUGGCAGAUGAAACAAAUAGCCUAAGUCUACAAAAUGUUAAAGAAUUAACAAAUAAUAAAAAAGACAAAGUACAAAACAACGACAAAAGUAACGCUUGUGAAAACAAUGAAAACGAAGUUUAUUCUGUACCUCUAUUUAGUGAAGAUCAAUAUUUUCAGAAUGGUAGAGAACAAAAACUAUCUAAAGGUGAUGAUAAAUUAACAUCGGCUAAAGAAACGAAUGUAAUAUUUGAUAAAGAAGCAAUUUUUUCAUUAGUUUCUUCUCCAUUAUUAAAUGAAGAUCAUUCAGUUGACUACAGUGAUGUGGAUGAAAAUGUUGGAAAUAAUUCAAAUUUCAAUCACGAACAUGAUCUUUUACCAGGGCAAAAAUUAUUAAUAAACAAUUCUGAAAGAAAUGAUUUUGAUACUCAGUCUUCAACUGAUGAAAUUGGAAAGCUAUUUGCAAAUACUUCAAAUACAGUAAAUAACUUAUAUAAAAACGUGACUGAACAUUCUGUUAAUCACAUUACGCACACUGCAUUACCAUCACCAGACAGGUUUAGUGAAAGAGAGCUAGUUGUAGACAUAGAUAAGGUAAAUCUUGAAGUUACCAAUUCUCCUGUAAAGAAAAUUAAUUCUGUUGUUACUGGUGAGAAAACAGGCCAUUCAGAAAGAAAUAUAAAAUUAGAUAACUUUCAUGAGAACACGACUGAACAUUCUAUUCACCACAUUUCACAAACCACAUUUUCAUCACCGGACUGUUUAAGUGAAAAGUCUCAAGAUGGAAUACAUUCUGAAAUUACCAAUUCCCCUAUAAAGAAAAUUAAUAAUGCUGUAACUUCUGUAAAAACAGGUAUUUCAGAUAACUUUUGUGGAAACACCACUGAACAUUCUAUUCACCAUAUUUCAUCACCACCAGACUGUUUGAGUGAAAAGUCUCAUGAGGAACUUACUGCAUCCAGUGAUGGAGUAGAUUGUGAAAUUACAAAUUCUCCUAUAAAGAAAAUGAAUACUACCGUAACUGCUGAAAAAACAGGGAAUUCGGGUAACUUUUGUGAAAAUAUAACUGAAAAUAUUCACCGCAUUUCACACACCACAUUUUCAUCAUCACCAGGCUGUUUGAGUAUAAAGCCUCAUAUGGAGCUUCCUGCAGAUAGAGAUGGGGUAGAUUCUGAAAUUACCAAUUCUCCUAUAAAGAAAGUUAAUAAUGUUGUUAUUGCUGAGAAAACUAGUAUUUCAAAAAGAAAUAUAAAUUCAGAUAAUUUAGAAACAUCAAGAAUGACUUCAAGUCCAAAAAGGGAAAAAACAAUACAAAAAAAUAGAAAUCAACAUUCAUCUGAUGAAUCUUCCGGGGAAAAAUUCAAAAACAAAUUUUCAAAAAUGUCAUCAAAUUCAGAAAUAAAAUUUGGGUCUAAGAAGAUAAAUGUUGAUUCAGAAAUUGAACAAUCAGAGGAUUCUGAUCUAUCAUCAUCAAAUACAUGUGAAUUAACAAUUACGAACGACUCAUCGACAAAAACAUUCUCAGAUCGGAAAGAAAAUAAAUUGAAAAAAAUGGAAAGCUCUUUACCAAAGACAUUGAAAAGUGCAAUUCGUAAAAGUAGUACAGAAUCAAAAACAUCAAAAAACAAACUCAAAGGCGAACAUUUAUUGAGCUAUGUGGCAUCUCUUUUUGAACCUUCUACUUCUCAAACAGAAUUGAACAACUACUUUAUAGAAGAACUUCUGAGUUUUUUGAAGCUAGAAGACUCCUUAAUUGAAAAACUUCAAAAGCUGGACAUCGUUAUAGACUGGACUUUGCCACCAGCCCAUGAUAUAGAACAGCAAUCCAUUUUCUCUAAUCCCAGCAUUAUUUUAGACACAAAUUGUCCCAAAUUUUCAAAAGAAGAAAAUACACAAAUUUUAUUAAAUUGGAAACAGUUUUGUAAAAUUUACAAGUUUGAUAAGUAUGAUUUUAGGCCAUUCCUACCAAUAAUACAUAAAUUUCUUUCACCUUUAACUCAAAAUCAAAAAUUUAAAUUUGCUCUUUUUUUGGCAAAAGGAAUAAAUGAUAGAACAUUAUCAGCGGUUUUUAAUAGAUUUGUUGUAAUGACAAAGUUUUAUAAACAUGGAAGGUUCUCAAAGGGGGAAGAUAACGUGCUCUUAUACUGCUACAAACAUUUGCCAAGUUCGUACGUUUUUUCAGUUUGUUCCUUGCUUUUACACAGACCACGCACUGUCCUCUGGCGAAGGUUACAAAAUAUUACUUCAGAUGUAACAUCUCGUACAGAUUUCGAUGAUGAAUCAGAAGAAGAAGAAAAUAUUGAUAUUUCCAAAUGUUUAACUAACUCAUCUGACUGGCAAGAUAUUGGGGCAAAUAUUUUUAAAGCCAUGAAUGUAGAAGAUCCUAGACAGUUUGCUGGAAAAAUUAAUAAACAAGUAUUACAGAAGAUGUCAAAGACUUACCAAAUUAGUAAAAUACAAUUAGCAAAACUGUUUUAUUUCAAAAUACAACCAACAUUUUGUGCUUCAAAGACAGUGUAUCGAGAUGAGUUUAGAAGAAAACUAAUAAAAAGACUUGAAAAAUACAAAAAUUCAUCAUGGGAAGCUAUCAACUGGGAAACAUUAAGCAAAAAAAUGUACAACAUAGGACCAGUUUUCUUAUACAAAGAGGUUCGAGAAAUGACAAUGGCAUUGGUGCCAAAAAAAAAAAGGUUUAUUUUUGGAGCAAGCUGGGCUAUACUUAAUGAUGUAUAUACUUUACAAAAACAUCAGGAAACAGAUAAGCAUUUGCUUAAUCGAUAUCCAACCAUGUCGAAAUAAAUAUGUAUUUAAGAUGUCGAAGAAGACAACUUUUUUUAAACUAGUUAUAGUUUAUAAUAAGUGAAGUAUAUUUAUGUGAAAUUUGUACAGAAUAAAAUUCAGUUAUGAUACAUAAA